UUAUAUAGAUUUAUCAGCAAUUUUGAAAGCAAAGAAAUACAACAGCAAUCUAGUGUGCAAUAUUACCAAUGGCCAAUAGAGGUCGCCAACGGUAGCCUGCACGGGUGGGGGGACUUAGCUUGGCUGCAGCCCGGUGAGUGAGUGAGAGACAACCUGCUUGGUACACGUCCGCCCCCAGCAUGUCAUCCACGUUCAUGUCCAAUGCUGCUCCACUCGCUCAGCCUUGUCACGCCAUCCACCACCGCCUUCUUCUUCGAAGCACAUCCUCCGUGGGACUUGUUUGACCCUCCACAGGUAAUUUCCAGCCAACAUGCUGUGGAUCUGCGUGGGGUUCCUCUUUGCUCUUUUCUCCCACGUCCUCCCCCAGGAGACCCAUGAGCCUAUUUCUUACUCCUGCACUGAAGGUUACGAGUACGAUACUGUGAGGGAGCAGUGUAAAGACAUAGACGAAUGUGCCCUUCUGGACGACGCCUGCAAAGGAGGUAUGCAGUGCAUCAACCACUUCGGGGGCUACCUGUGCCUCCCCAAGAGCGCCGUCAUCUUCACGAGUCAGGAAGGCGAAGAGAUGCCCGCGCAAGACCCGGCCCCCCCAGUGCCGGCCGUCCCCCCGAACCAACCUCAGCCCCCGCGGGUGUUUCCGGACAGCCCGGGCAGGCAUUCUCCGUCCGUCCGAACGAUCCACUGUGCCCCCGGGUUCACUGCGGAUGAACAGAACGUCUGUAGAGACAUAGACGAGUGUGCAACAGGCAGAUACACUUGUGGCGCCGGGCAGACGUGCUUCAACACCCGGGGCUCGUACAGCUGCCAGUGUCCUGCAGGCUAUCAGAGGAACAGAAACCAAUGUGUAGACAUAGACGAGUGCACGCUGUCCAACUACUGCACACACACGUGUGUGAACACUCAGGGCUCGUACUACUGCGAGUGCAACACAGGUCACCAGUUGGCCAGCAACAACCACAGCUGUGUUGAUGUCAACGAAUGCGAGACACAGAAUCCAUGUCAGCACCACUGCUUCAACCUGAUUGGCUCCUUCAUGUGCCAGUGUGAGCCGGGCCACGAGCGGGCUCCAGACUUGGUCUCCUGCCAAGACAUCGACGAGUGCAGCUUCUCCAGCUACAUGUGCCAGUACCAGUGCAUCAACACCCCAGGAAGUUACUCCUGCGAGUGCCCGGAAGGAUACCAGCUGCAGGGCAACAGGUUGUGCCAAGACGUCAACGAAUGUGAGACGGGGACCCACAACUGCCAGGACGAUGAGAUGUGCUGGAACUACUACGGAGGCUUCCGCUGCUACCCCAGAAACCCCUGCGAGACCCCUUACACCCAAACGUCGGAAAACCGCUGCAUCUGUCGCUCUCAGACGGAGUGCCAGGGUCUGCCUCCGUCCAUCGUGUACAAGUACAUGAGCAUCCAAGCCGAGCGUCCCGUGCCCGCUGACAUCUUCCAGAUUCAGGCCACCAACAUCUACGCCAACACACACAACACCUUCCGGAUCAAAGCUGGGAACGAGGCGGGAGCGUUCUUUCUCCGGCGUUCCAGCAACGUGAGCGCCAUGCUGGUGCUCACCAAGCCUCUGUCCGGCCCCAGAGAAUACGUGGUGGACUUGGAGAUGAUCACGCACCACCUGACCAUGAAUUACCGCUCCAGCUCCGUGCUGAGGCUCACCGUCAUCGUCGGGGCGUACGCCUUCUGAGCCGCGACAACAUGAGUAACGCAGCCAAUGUCUGUUUCCGCGUAGCAUACUGUACAUUUCCGUGACAUUACAUGACAGCGAUUAUCAUAGGACGGCAGCACCACGCUGGCAAUACGCUCAUCAACGAUGAUGAUGAUGAUGAUGAUGAUGGAUUGUGUUGAGACCACGUAACGCCAUAAGCGAUACGCGGGCCAACCCAACAACGACCACGGUGGAUGCCGUUUGAGAGAUUCAAACCCACAUCUUCUGACCCCUGCAGUCACACCACACAGGAAGAGAAGUGUCUCAAAGUGCUAUGUCAGGUUCUCCGGGCUGGGUGUGACAACUGGAUCAGAUCCGGUGUGAACCUGGUUUGAUACCACAGUUUAUGUUCUGGCUUUGGAAAAUCACCAAUAAUUUGGUUUUAAAUUAUACAGUGUGAAUAUACAAAGUCAGGAUUUCGAUUGAAAUCAGUUUCAAAUUUACUUACUGGAUUAGGUCCAGAUUGAACCUGGUUUCAUAAGACAAUUUAUGUUCUGGCUCUGGAAAAUCACCAAUAAUUUGGUUUUAAAUUACACAGUAUGAAUAUACAAAGUCAGGACUUAGAUUGAAAUCAGUUUCAAAUUUACUUCCCGGAUUAGGUCCAGAUUGAACCUGGUUUCAUAAGACAAUUUAUGCUCUGGAAAAUCACCAAUAAUUUUGUUUUAAAUUAUACAGUAUGAAUAUACAAAGUCGGGUUUUAGAUCAAAAUCGGUUUCAAAUUUACUUCCCGGAUUAGGUCCAGAUUGAAACUGGUUUCAUAAAACAAUUUAUGUUCUGGCUUUGGAAAAUAUCCAAUAAUUUGGUUUUAAAUUAUACAGUGUGAAUAUACAAAGUCUGGUUUUAGAUUUAAAUUGGUUUCAAAUUUCCUUUUUGGAUUAGGUCCAGAUUGAACCUGGUUUCAUAAGACAGUUUAUGUUCUGGCUCUGGAUAAUCACCAAUAAUUUGGUUUUAAAUUAUACAGUGUGAAUAUACAAAGUCGGGUUUUAGAUUGAAAUCGGUUUCAAUUUGACUUCCUGGAUUAGGUCCAGAUUGAACCUGGUUUCAUAAAACAAUUAUGUUCUGGCUCAAUGUAAACAAUGCUGUAUAAUAUAUUAAGUGAUGUGAUGUAUACUAUAUUAAGUGAUGUGUAUUAAAAUAGCUUUGAAAUUGACGAUGAAAGUCAGAUCUUAAUUGAAUAUGAGUUUUUUUUAGGGGGUUACAUUCAGGUUUGAUGAAAUCCAAAUUGAACCUGGUUUGACAAUGAUCAACUUCUGUCUUAACUUCGUAAAAUCAUCUAUAAUUCAGUUUAAAUUAGACAGUGUCAACAUAUGAAGUAGAAUUUUUGGACGGCUUCAAUUUAUAUUUGCGGUCAAAUUUCAAAUCGGAUCCUGAUUAAACUUGCGUGCGUUCACACAGCUUUCGAGCCUGCAUGUCAUUCCAAUUGAAAAGUUGCAAGUGAAGGCAUCAGGGGACCUGACAAAGCUUUUACUUAUUACGUUGCCAUCAUCGUCAUCAUCAUUGUCAUCAUCAUCAUCAUGCCCAUGAGCAACAAUUUCCCAGAAAGCUUCAGAAAAAAAGCCCAUGAGUUGAGCGAGCUCCACUGGCUUCAUGCCCGUUAAUUCAUGUACACAGCAGGCUAACACAGGAAAGGAGUCACACCGGCACCAAUCGCCAGCCAGCUUUCCUCGCGUGAUGGCGCUAGCUGCAGGGCUGCGGCCUCACGUGUGACAUGGCGCAUCACCAAUGCAAAGAUUAGCGCUUUUUUCUCCGUUCACACAUGAGCCUAGCAUGUGUGUUUGUUAGCGUAGCAACGACCGCUAGCUUGGUUCCAACUCUAUUUGAACGUGGUCAGCGGCCAAUGAGGCCUUAAGGAGGGAGAAGGAAGAACACCCCAACAAAUAACAGCACUCAUCCAAUCAUUCACGCUUUCCAUGUAUUGUUCAUACAUAUCAGUCUGGUCUUUUUAUAUUUAAAAUGUAUUUUGAAUGUGUAUCUUGUAUCGAAUGUUUAUACUCCCAAGAGAGGAGGGAAAAGUUAUAUUGUGGAAUAAAAUAUGAUUUCCAACACCAACCACA